GGGAAGAAAACGAAUGGUUGCCUUCAGCCCUAAUUCAAAAGAGAAUACGCCACCGUCUCGUCUCCUCGCCGCAUCCCAGGUCGUCUGCCUGCCGGCGGCGGCGGCGUAUCGCCUGUUCUCUCUCAUCUCUGCUCCUCGCCUCGCCCUACGUUUUCCACUCUUCCAUGACGUCGACGUCGACGUCAACGUCUCUCGCAUGGCAAUGGGUCAUAGAAGCCCUAGCAAGACGCGAGGAAUUCGACAUUUCCGUCCUUGGGGAUUUUAUCUUGAAGAAUCCGGUGUUAUUAAAUAGCGCUCCGAGCUUUGUCCGGGAAGCGGUUUCUUUGAGGUUUUUGGAGGUACUUGUGAACUUGCACAAGGAGAAUUCUUCAAUAUGGUAUUCCGGUAGGGAGAUCGAUCCCAACCUUUCUUGCGAGGAAGUGCUUUGUCAGCAGACGAGGAAGUUUUGUCAUGCAGCCAGAUUGUUUAAUCUUGGGAAGGAUAGAGUAAAGGUUUUUAAUGGUGAACUUCACAAUUUUAUCAUCCAAAAGAAGGCUUCCUUCCCAAAAACAUUUCUUCAAAAGUUAAAGGAAAAAAUUCUACGGGACAGAUGCCCAGCUCUCUUACCAUUGAUGGAAAUGAGUGGUUUGCCAAUUCAAAAUAAACCUGAUGAUGCUAAGUGCAAUGCUUGUGAUGGAUCUCAAAAGGCUAAGCUGCUUGAAAUAAGUAUACAAGAGAACCAAAUUCAGCAACUGGGGCAGGGUUCAGCUGCACAGAAUAUUGGAGACACUGAUAGAUUCCUAGAUAAGAAUAGUGUUCCAAAGGAACACAAUUAUCAAAGAAGCAAUGAUUUCACUGAGGACAUAAUGCUAAAGAGGAUUAAGCUAAACUCUGAUCAUCAUUACCCAGGAAUACAUAAUUCUGUUGAUUUUGCCCAUGGAAGCAACACUGCAGCAUCUAAAGAAGUUACUUCAGAAUCUAUGCAGUGUUUGCUUAAGAAAAAUGGUGCGGAAGCUGGGAUUGUAAAGACUGAAGGUAAUGAUAAAACUAGCAUACAGAGUUCCUUCUGUGGCUUUCUUACUCUAGAGAACAGUGGUGUUAUUAGUCCUCAACUUCCCUUCAGUGACAAGAUUGUUGUUCAAGAAGAUUCUAAUGGUCUUGGAUCCCAUUUUCCCCUGGAAAGUUCUGUUGCCUGUGAUGUUGGUGGUCAUUUGAAGAAAGAAUCUUCCAUUGUACAGCAACCUUGUGACGAAAAUGUCAGUUUCCAAGAGACACCUAAAAAUGGAAGUAAAGAAAAGACGAUUGCUGUGCUUCAUGAGAACAUCUGUUUGAACAUUCAAUCUAGUGUUGCACCGAUAAGAGACGAUGAUCGCACACUUGAAGGACUCUCUGACUUUGGACCAAAUCAUUAUGAAGCCUUUGCCACUGAGAAAUGCUAUCUUCCGUGCUUGCAAGCCAACAUUAGUGAUGAUUCUAUUGGUGAUUGCACUGAAGAAAGUUUGUGUAUAAAGUGCAAUAAUGGUGGUGAAUUGUUGAAUUGUAGCAACACUGAUUGCUUUAUUUCUGUUCAUGAAGCCUGUUUGAAAUCAUCACCACAGUUUGAGACGUCAGGACUUUUCUAUUGCCCCUUUUGUCUAUGUGACAGAGCUGCUAUUGCUUAUAGGAAAGCUAAAGAAAAUUAUCUUCAAAAAAGGAAAUGUCUUUCAGUAUUUGUUGGUGGAGAUUUUGCUCGUAAGCAUCAAAAGAUGAUUUCAUCAACUGCUCUUCAAAGAAAAAAACAAUCUAUUGAAAAUUCACCUGUCCUAGUAAAUGGCAACUCAAGUGGAUCUACUAGGGAUCAGCCAGUUGGAACUUCAAUAGAACCUGAUGAACAAACUCGACAAGUAGUAGUUCCACAGUCUCGUGUUAAUUGCAAUUUAACUUGUCAAAGAGGGAGCCCUGCAGACAUAAAUGAUGACAUGAUUGUACGUGAAGUUGCACUUACCAUUGAAAAUGCUAAUGUUGCCCUCAACAAAGUGGAUGUUGUACAUACAUGCAGUAACAGUGACCAUGUUGAGGUCACAAAGAACCAGCAGCCAGGCGACCCUCAUACUCCUGCCCAUACUAUUCAUGUACCUUUCCAAGAGGAUUCACGAGAUUCUAGACAGGUUCAUCAUGUCAGGCAAAGUGCAGCUGACAUUGUUGGCAAUUCAUGUGGUCAGUUAAAUGUCAAAUCAAGUCUGUUUAGAAGGGUUGAUCCGAGAGACACAAGUUCACUUGAGAAUGAACAGGGCCAACAAGCAGAUAAUGGAUAUGCUUGUGAGAAGAGCCAAGUGUUGCUCUGUCACAAAGUGAAUCAGGAAGGGUGUAAGGGGCAUGGAUGCUUCUCAAAUCAUCCAAGUAUAAGUGAUAACAACAUUUUAUGUGGAGUUAAGUCUCUCAUUCAGAAUGUUAACGAUAAUUUUAGCAGAGGGGAUAUUAAUCCAGGUAUUAAUGGUGAACAAAUCAAUAUUGGGGAGAAUCAGCAACGUGGAGAACCUAUUUUUACUGCUGAUAGUGACCUACCUGAUCCAUGUGUUAAAUAUGCUCAUGGUGUCCAGAAUGGUAACUCUGAGAUUGUUGGCAACAUAUGUGGCCCACUAAAUGUCGAGUCGAAUCAGUUUAACAUGGAGCAGGUAAAUGAAGUUUCAGUAGAAGCUAAUAUACAAGCUCCACAACCUGAUUCAAAUAUGGUAGACUCUUCGAAAGCUUCUCAUACUACAACAAAUGUAGAUGAUAACAAGGUUGUGUGCAAAGUUGUACCUCUCCUUCAGAAUGUUAAUACUGACCUCAUUGAAGAGGACCCAUUCCCAUGCAAUACUAAAGAACAGAUAAAAGUGGAAAAGGAAAAGCAAUUAGAAGAUCUUGCUGUUGCUUGUAAUGAUCAUUUUACUUUUCUAGGGGAUUCAUCUGAUGCUAGAUAUGUUGAUGACGCUGAGCAAGGUGAUGUUAGGAUGAUUAAUUACCACAAUAAGGUGGAAGCACACAAUGAAGAAGAAGAUGAAAAUGCAGAGAAAAUAUCAACAAGAACAUCACAUAGAAACAAAUUUUCGGCACGCAAGUCUAAAAGAUCACAGCCAAUGGUCCUUAGUCAACGGCGGAGAUUUCUUUGGACCAGAGAGGAAGUAGAAGUUCUCAAGGAAGCAAUUCAUAAGUUUGGUAAAAAGCCUAAAGGUAACAUCUCGUGGAUUAAAAUUUUAGAAUAUGGCCGCCAUAUAUUCCAUGAGUCUCGUGAACCAAAGGAUCUUAGAGAAAAAUGGAAGAAUCUUAUGAAAAAGGAGGGUUCCAGUACUGGGACUUCAUGACUGUCAACUUGUAAGUAGCAAAUGUUGCACAGUUGGCUUAACUAACUUUUUAAAGCCCAAAGAGUUAGCGGUAGUGCAACUGCAAUCUUUUGCUGUCAUAUAUUGGAACAAUAGUAUGUGAUCUCCUUUUGAUAUAAUGGAAAAAUCUUGUUUUAUAAUCAUUAGUCCUCUUGGAAUGUGAUAAAAAAUCUUGCCCUAAGCCACAAUCCUCGCAUUGAGCUGCAUGUGGUUGGGGGCACUGAUCAUCUCACUGUCAAGGCUGCUGCUAUUGCAAGCGCUUGGCCAGCCGUUGCAAGUGCUUCACAGGCUACAUUGUGAAGAAGAGAUACUUGAACCAAAAGCUGAAAGGUGAUAUUCUAUUCUUCGCAAGUUUAUCUUUCCAGUAACAAUCUUAUCUGUCUUAUAGAUGUUUUGCUGUGGCUAAUGCAACGGCAAGUCGCUAGAGCCAGUGCUCGACUGUGAAAGAAAUAAAUGAACCGUCGUGAAGGGAAAAAAGUUGCCAAGAAGGAAAAUUCUUUUAUAUUGGAAUUUUCUUUACUUUCUGAACUAUUCCUUCCAGUUUAUCUUACAUUUCGUGAUUUAUAUAUUGCCUCUCUCCUCGAGAUAAUAAUGUGGAUCAUAUUUUUAUCUAA